AUGGCGCAGGCGGCAGAAAGUGGUUCAGUACACCCAAAUAGCCCAAGCGCGAACCAGGAAACUGUUCCUCAGGGGAUUGAAGGCGCUGAUGCUGAGAUUUCCCAGGUCCAACCGGUGCAUUUCGGUUGCUUCAACGACCGGAUCCAGAUAGAAGUGCAAAACCUCCAAACUGGGCUGUCUACCCUCGAUGGUGCGAUCAAUGAGUUGACGAGGCAAUUCAGGAAGUAUAGAAAGAUAGUUAGUGCUGUUGGUGAUCGCUACGGCGAUGAUGAGGCCUUGAUGAAACAGAUCCAUGAUCUCGAGAUUGGGAAUAAGACGAUAUGGAAGCAAGCUCAGGAUGAUCGCGACUCCCAUCGACAGAAGAUAACUGAGUUGAGGGAGCAGCAUAGAAGGGAAAUUCUUGACCUUCAAGCGAAGGCGGAGGUUGGUAACCAGAAGAAAGUAAAAUACGAGCAGAAAAUUCAAGAUCUAGUCGAGAAGAAUGCCCUCGCCCAAGAGAAACAAGAUCAGGAGCUGAGGCAGAAAAUACAGGAUUUGGAGAAAGAACAUCAACAGAAGAAGGAGAAGCUGGAAAAGGACAACGCGCACACGAUUGCCACCCUGCAGAAAGACCUGAAAGAGUUAGAGACGACAGAGGCUCAGCUCAGAAAGGAAUUGCAGGACCUGACGUCCGAACUUGAACAGGAGAAGAAGCUACGGUUCAUGGAGCAAGCGAAGAUGCAAACCGCCUUAACAGGACUGCAGGGAGAGCUUACCAGCAUCAAGAAACAGUAUCAACUGGAGCAGCGGCCUUUGAAAUUCUACACGGAGGAAUACAAAAAGCUAUUUGAACAGGUCCACGAUGUUGUCUGUAGGCACCUGACAGAUCUUCCACCCAAGGCCUUACAGAAACCCGCGGACAUAUCUGAGAAAGUGUACCAACAAAACCGAAUCUUUGAACAAAUCCCGAUCGCCGUGUCCGAGUGUUCGGUGCUGCUCCGAAGAGCCGCUGCCGAGCACAUCAUCAUUGAGUUCAUAUGUGAUACAUUAUGGCGCCCGUUUUUCUCCGAGUAUCUGUUGUCGCACCACGUCAACGACUCAGUGCUUCCGACGAUGCAUUCAGGCAUGGCCGAAGCAGGAAAGGAUUUUCAACAUCGGUGGAAAGUGGCCACAUUGAAGACGUUGGAUAAGCUCGACGAGACGAAUAAGUCGAACGGACAGCACGAGAUUAGGAAGCUCAUUGACCAAAAAAUCACGACGCCCUUGCACUAUCUUCUGAACGACUCGGAGGCAUUCCUCUCCGAAUUAAACCAAAUCUUCUCCCAGGCCAUUGAACUGGGCAAAGUGGCAGAGCGCGAUCAGAUGAACAUCAUCAUUGAGAAGACCCCGUACGUGAGCGAACAACAUUCGGGUGGGUGGAAAGACUGGUUGGACGAGAGCUAUGAGCCUGACUACGGGUCGGAUGAAUCUCCGUCAUCGCCAACUAGCACCCUCACCACAGCCAGUUUGGUCUUUCGCACAGAGCCGCUGUUGACAAGCCCCAAGAUUUCGCGCCAGGCGGAGACUAACGGAGAGAUCGAGUUGAUUCUUCCAGGGCGAGCGAUAUUCCCGGAACGGGGCAUUUUCCAGGAGGGGGCUUUAGAAUGGCAGAAGAUCCACAAUGCGUCGAGCGAGGUGGCUCGGGCGAGGAAUCGGUUGAAGCGACGACAAAGCAUGGCAGGGUCGGGGUCUGUUGUGCAAUCGCCAAUGCAGUCGUCCAGUCUGUGGGGUGGCUCGAGUUUGCUUGAGCGGCGAGAGUGA